AUGUCUUUCGGAAAGCUAUACACACGUGAUGGAAACCCACGCUCUAUUGCUAUCCGUGCGGUUGCACAAGCGAACAAGCUUGACAUAGAAGAAGUUGAAGAGGACAUAAGAAAAGGGCCACUCUCAACAGAGUACCUGAAGAUCAACAAGCUUGGAAGAAUCCCUUCGUUUGUGGGUGCAGACGGCUACGAGUUGACGGAAUGUAUUGCGAUCGCGAUCUACAUCACAUCUCAGAACGAAAAGACUUCUUUACUUGGAAAAACUAAGCAAGAUUAUGCCUCAAUCGUGCGCUGGAUGUCGCUCGCCAACUCUGAAAUCCUCCCUUGUGUUGGAGCCUAUUUUCGUCCAAUCCUGGGCCAGGAUCCCUAUAACAAAAGAAAUGUCGACGAGGCCCUCAAAAGCACCAACAAAAUCGCCAAAGUCCUGGACGAGCAUCUUCUCGUUCACACCUUCCUUGUCGGUGAGCGCAUCACCUUAGCUGACCUGUUCACGGCCGGCAUUCUUAGCCGCGGCUAUCAAUAUAUCUUUGAUAAGCAGUGGCGCGAGGACCACCCAAAUGUAACUCGAUGGUACGAUACUGUGAAGAAUCAGCCGAUGUAUUCCAGCGUAGCGCCUAAGAUUGACUACAUUGACGAGGCACUCAAGAAUCAAGCCCCGAAGAAAGACAAAGAGGAAAAGCCAAAGCAGGAGAAGGCGCCUAAGGCUGCAGCUGCACCAAAGCCAAAGGCCAAAGAGGUUGACGAAGAGGAAGAGGAGGAGGAGGAGGCGAAACCUGCACCCAAGCCCAAACACCCUCUUGAAGCGCUACCCAAGCCAACCUUAGUCCUUGAUGACUGGAAGCGGACGUAUUCAAAUGAAGAAACUCCGGUUGCUUUGAAGUGGUUCUGGGAGAAUUACAACCCAGAGGAAUACUCGCUUUGGAAAGUGGACUAUAAAUAUAACGAGGAGCUGACGCAGACGUUCAUGACCAGCAACCUUAUCGGUGGUUUCUUCGCUCGUCUCGAAGCUUCACGCAAGUACAUUUUUGGAUGUGCCUCAGUCUAUGGAAAGUCAAAUGACAGCGUCAUUCAAGGCGCUUUCGUGAUCCGCGGCCAGGAAGCUCUGCCAGCUUUCGAUGUAGCACCCGAUUACGAGAGCUAUGACUUUACAAAAUUGGACUCCAGCAAAUCCGAGGAGAAGUCGUUCCUGGAAAAUAUGUGGUUAUGGGAAGACGGAGUGAAAGUGAAUGGAAAGGAAUACCCUUGGGCUGACGGUAAGGUGUUCAAGUAG